UCCUCGCAGUGAAGGAGGAGAGCAGGACAAGAUCACAAGCAACUUCCAGCAGCUGCUCCUCAGCCUGUUCUCCGGAGACUUGCCUGAGAGUUUCAGCACCAGGGAUAGCAACCUCUUCAUUUCUGUCCUCUAGGAAGUUCUGGAAAGUCAUCUCUGGUCUAAGGACCUACAGCAGGGAAGAGGGAGGCUGCGUUUUAAGGUUGAAGCGAUGGAACAUAGAAGCAUCUUCCACCUUAUGGUGUCUUUUACCCUGUUCAGUGUUUUCUACUUUCGAGCACAAGCAUUACCUCCUUUAGGGACCUAUUCUAACAGCAGGCUAGGAAAUAUAUUGUCAUUUGAGGGAGCAAAUGAAGCUGAUCAGACACAGGGGACAUUAAAACAAGAUACAGACAUUUUGCAGAACAAUCUACCAGACAAUGACAAGUUUUUUCUGGACAUGGCCCAAGGCGUUGGAAGAACAUCACGACACGCUGAUGGACUUUUUACUAGUGGAUACAGUAAGCUCUUGGGUCAACUGUCUGCAAGAAGAUAUUUAGAAUCUCUAAUUGGCAAGAGAGUCAGUAACAGUGUUGUAGAAGAUCCAGUCCCUGUAAAGCGUCACUCUGACGCGGUCUUCACCGAUAACUACAGUCGAUUUAGGAAGCAGAUGGCAGUAAAGAAAUACUUAAACUCUGUUCUCACAGGAAAAAGAAGUCAAGAGGAUAUCAAUCCUUCAAGUCUUCGAGAAGAUGCAGAUCUAAGUCAAGCUCCAUUUUCAGAAAAUUAUGAUGAUGCCAACAUUGACGAGUUGCUGAACCACCUACCACUGAACCUUUGAAGAACGCCACUCUGUUGUCUAAUCAAAAGAACAAGUUUGCUAUAUUUUUGAGUUUGACAUAGUCUUUCAAAGAGAUUACUUCUGUAUUCAAACCAAAACCAAUGUCGUGAGGUGAAAAUUGUGGCCAAUCUGUUUCUUAUAUUUACAAGUCGAUGGUUACACUGUA